UCUCUCUCUCUCUCUCCCCGCGGAUCUGCCUGUAGGAUGAUGUCUCUGGUCAGGGAGUGUGCAUGAGUCGUUUCAGCGGCUUCUCUUUGUCCGGUUUUCACACUAAAAGGUUACUAUUCUUCAUGCUUUGAAAGAUACCAGUUACUUGCAUGCUGUCAACAAGAAACAACAAGAGAGAGAGACUGACCGUCUGCACCGACCGGCCAAUGUUGCUGUAGGAUCAUCUGACUCGAGCUGCAAGGAUAAUCAAGUGUGAGGCUGAGCCAUGGACACAGUCAUUCACUUUAUGAAUGACUCUGCAGAGUUUUACAAAUGGAGCCUUACCAUAGCAGACAAACGUGUGGGGCGAUGGCCCAUGAUGUCAUCCCCGUCGCCCACAUUGGGUAUCAGUGCAUUGUACCUCCUCUUCCUGUGGGCGGGGCCUCGAUACAUGCAGAACCGCGGACCAUUCCAGUUACGAAAAACCCUCAUCAUCUACAAUUUCAGCAUGGUGCUCCUAAACUUCUACAUCUGCAAAGAGCUGCUGUUGGGUUCCAGAGCAGCUGGGUACAGCUACCUCUGCCAACCUGUGAACUAUUCCAAUGAUGUCAAUGAAGUCAGGAUAGCAUCAGCGCUGUGGUGGUACUACAUCUCCAAGGGGGUGGAGUUUCUGGACACAGUGUUCUUCAUCAUGAGGAAGAAGUUUAACCAGGUCAGCUUCCUGCACGUCUACCACCACUGCACCAUGUUCAUCCUGUGGUGGAUCGGCAUCAAGUGGGUCCCUGGCGGCCAGUCGUUCUUCGGAGCAACCAUAAACUCUGGUAUCCAUGUGCUGAUGUAUGCUUACUAUGGCCUGGCUGCCUUCGGACCCCACAUGCAGAAAUACCUGUGGUGGAAAAAGUACCUGACCAUCAUUCAGAUGAUCCAGUUCCAUGUGACCAUCGGCCACGCUGCCCACUCUCUCUACACGGGCUGCCCGUUCCCUGCCUGGAUGCAGUGGGCACUUAUCGCAUAUGCUGUCACCUUCAUCAUCCUCUUCGCCAAUUUCUAUUACCAGACCUACCGGCAGCAGCCACGGCACAAAACGGGCAAGAGCGUUGCCAACGGUCUUGCCUCAGAAACCAACGGCUCCACCAAGGCCGCCGAGCACACGGAGAACGGCAAGAAGCACAAGAAAGGGAAAAAGAGAGAUUAAGAAGCAGAGAGGAAGAUGAGGAGACGGAGAAGAGGAGAACGUGCUUGGAGAGUUAUCGUCUUUUGGGGACCACUGGGUUGUGAAGGGGACUUAGAUGGUUGAUUGUUGAUUGGAUAGGUCUUGUUUGCACUGAAAAAAAAAGUGAUACGUCGAAUUUAUUUGAAUUUAUUUCCACAGGAAAAAUGCCCAAACAUAUGACACCUUCACAGUUACUGCCAACUCAAAUAAAUUCAACAUACUUUUUUCAGAGUGUAAACUCAACAGCUAGGGGACACAGAGGCCGACUCUAGGGGUCUAUGUGUUGGAGGAAGGGUUGCGCUCAGGUGUUGCUGGAAGGUGAUUUCACACGGCAUCUCCAGCGGCUUCCAUUACCCAUUACGACUGAACACUUUGUAGUUUCCUUGUUGACAUCACUGUUUUAUUUUUCAGAUAUUCAUGUUGUAACAGCUUCUGUGGGUCCAUCUGUCUGUCCCGUUGAACAACGGCAGUCAGCAGUGUUAUUAAAAACAGGGGUUUGGGUUUGGUUAGUUUUGUGGGUUAUUUUAAGGAAAGGCGAGGGAGGGUGGCGGGGGUGGUGUUGUUGGUUUUGUGAAUGGUGUUUUUUUUGUUGUUGUGCUUGUUGUAAAGAGUGAGGUAGGUUUCGAUAUAAGAGUGUCUUGACACAGUUAGAAUACUGCAGAGGAGAACGCCUGCCUGGAUCCGCUUCAGCAGUUAAAGAAGAGAUUUGGUGAAAAAUAAAUGAACACAGGCCUCCUACCCCAAUUGUAGUCAGUGAGACAAGUAAGAAGGUUUAGAAGAGUCUAAAAGUGUCUAAAAGUCCAGUAUGUUUUUUUCAAACCGUGUUACCAGCAUGACCAAUGUAGCUAAGAAGCAUGACCAACACAGCCAACUGAAAUGCACUACACUCACUACAAGUUUGCCCAAGGUGUUUGUCUCUGUCUUCCAGCACACUGGAUCUGAAAUUGAAGGAUGACCGACCAUAUCAUUAAAAAGAUUCCCAAGGUAAAGUGAAUAAAUACCGCACAGCGGUAUAUUGGUGCAUUUUUAUGGCCACUAGUUAAAGUCUUAGAACAAGUCGCAGUCAGAGUUUAAUUUUAAAUCUAAUGUGCUGGACUACAUGGAUAACACAACACAAGGGCACCUCAAGGCUGGAUGUACAGUCCUGUUUCAUGUGUUGCUAUGACAUGAAUGCAUAUCAUGACCCCACAGGGGAGUUAUGAAUUUAACAAACACAUAUACACACACACAUACACGCAAACAAUAACCAACCAUUAUGUCUUUAAAGGCAAAUUAAUGGUCUGCUUUAACGUUUAUCUGUGUAAGAAAAUUUAUGUUGGUUCAGUCAACACAAUAGUCUUAACCCAAAAUGAAUGUCUUGAUUUAUGUGAGAUGAUCCAGGAUUUUUAAUUGCUUUAUUUUGAGCUUAUUGGUUUAUUUUCGACUGAAUUAGCUGACUACUUGGUAAUGCAUUUGGCUGUGAUUUCCUCAGACUCAGCCAGUCUGGUUUUACAGUGUUCGGACAGUGUUCUCUACUUUGCCAUGUCAGUUUUCUCAGAUUUUCGUUUAACCUGUUAUACUGUGUGACAUUUUCUCUCAUUCAUCACUUUUAUAAAGACAUUACCCCAAUUCCGCUCAAAGAAAGCUGUGUCUAGCAUGUUAGCUUAGCUUAGCUUAGCUUAGCGAGCCAAAUGAAACGACAAAGUUACCAUAAACAGUAAGUACCAUUUUCUGACUAUUUCCACAGAUUAUUUUUGCAAUCGAUUAUUUACUUUGGUGCGUGUUUGCUCAUGGGUUCAUUUAGGAAUUAAAAAAACAGAUAAAGAGUGAAAAUGGCUAAAUGUGUUAGCUAACAAAGCUUUUUUUAAAAAAAAGCAACCUGUCUCUGGUACUGCUGGAAACAAUUACUGCCUGCUGAACUGAACAGAAUAAAUGGAAAGCCAGUGA